CUGGCCUGCUGGGCCCUUAGGAAGGACACAAAACAGAAUCCAAGAUAUCCUAAACCAUCCAGGUCCUGCAGCCCAGGAGCCAGAAAGUCGAGACUAGAGAGCUCUCUCCCUCUCUAGGGACAGCAAGGUUUGGAAACCUUUGGGAUGGAGCCCAUAGAUGGAGAGAAACUGCCCUCCGUGUCCAGCCUGGUGACCGUGUUUGAGGACAGCAGGACCCCAGGAGCAGCGCUCAGUGUUCACAGCCCAGGGGCCACUCAGCCUCCUCAGGGGCCAAGGCCACCCCUGUCCCCCAGGCCCUGGGAGACGUCCUCUGCAGAGGAGGCCCCAAGGUCUCGGCCCAGGACCGUGAGCAGGAGCUACCUGAAUUCCCUGAAGGACAAACUGUCCAGCGGGGCCUGGAGAAAGUCUUACCAGCGGGGCACCCAGCCUGAGCUGGAGUCACAGGAGCCAGAGGAGAAAAAGAUAAUGCGUGAGCUGCUGGAGACGGAGCAGGCCUACGUGGGCCGCCUGCAUCUACUGGACCAGGUGGGUGCCCAGAACGCCAGCUCCUGCCAGCCCGCCUCCUCCUGCCACCCGACGGCCACGCCCCGCAUCGGGGACGUGAUCCAGAAGCUGGCCCCUUUCCUGAAGAUGUACGGCGAGUACGUGAAGAACUUCGAUCGGGCCGCCGAGCUGCUGGCCACCUGGGCGGAGAAGUCGCCGCCCUUCCAGGAGGUCAUCGCCCGCAUCCAGAGCAGCGAGGCCUCGGCCGGCCUGACGCUGCAGCACCACCUGCUGGAGCCGGUGCAGCGCAUCCCGCGCUACGAGCUGCUGCUGCGCGAGUACGAGCGCAAGCUGCCGCCCGGCGCCGCCGACCGGCCAGACGCGCAGGGGGCCCUGGACGUGAUCUCUGCAGCCGCCCAGCAUGCCAACGCCGCCAUCGCCGAGAUGGAGCGGCUGCAGGACCUGUGGGCCGUGUACCAACGCCUGGGCCUGGACGACGACAUCGUGGACCCCUCCAACGCGCUGCUCCGCGAGGGCCCGGUGCUCAAGAUCUCGUCUCGCCGCCGUGACCCCAUGGAGCGCUACCUCUUCUUGUUCAACAACAUGCUGCUGUACUGCAUACCCCGGGUCCUGCAGGUGGGUGCCCAGUUCCAGGUGCGGACCCGCAUCGACGUGUCAGGGAUGAAGGUGCGGCCGCUGCCAGACUCUGAGUUCCCACACUGCUUCCUGGUGUCAGGAAGGCAGCGCACGCUGGAGCUGCAGGCCCGGUCCCAGGAGGAGAUGCUGUCCUGGAUGCAGGCCUGCCAGGCGGCCGUCGACCACCUCGAGAGGAGGAGCGAGACCUUCAGGGCUGCAUCCCAGGGGCCAGAAGGCGCCGCCCAGGAGCACGAGCUGCCGUCCGAGGAGCUGGGCCUCCGGGCCCCACAAUGGGUUCGCGACAAGAUGGUGACCAUGUGUAUGCGCUGCCAGGAACCCUUCAACGCGCUGACGCGCCGGCGCCACCACUGCCGAGCCUGCGGCUACGUCGUCUGUGCCCGCUGUUCCGACUACCGCGCUGAGCUGCAGUAUGACCCGGGCCAGCCGCACCGCGUGUGCACAGCGUGCUACACCUUCCUGACCGGCCGCGUGCUUCCUGAGGACCGUGAGGACCGGAGGCGGGGCAUCCUGCAGAAAGGAGCUGCAGCUGGGCCUGAGGGCAGCGUGAUGAGCGGCUUCCUGCAGCUGCUUGGGGACAGGUGGGGUCGGAGUGGCAGCCGCAGCUGGUGCGUGAUCCCUCGGGAUGACCCCCUCGUGCUCUAUGUCUACGCAGCCCCACAGGACGUGCGGGCACUCACCUCCAUUCCGCUGCUGGGCUACCAGGUGACAGCUGCGCCGCAGGGGGACCCUCGCGCCUUCCAGCUGCGGCAGUCGGGCCAGCUGUUCACGUUCAGGGCUGAGACAGAGGAGCUUCAGGGCCGCUGGGUGGAGGCGGUGGAGCAGGUGGCAGGCGGUGUGAUCCCUGCUGACACAGCUGUGCUGUCCGACUGACCGGCCCGGCUCCCACCUCGCCCUGCCCCAGGCUGGGCCAUCACGUGACCCAGCCUUGACAUCUACCCUGCAUGCAUCUUGGUUCACCACUGAGCCAGCGUGGAUCUGUCCCUUCCAGAAGCAGGGACCAAAGAUCACUGAUUGCCCGGUGGAAGCAGCUCUUGGGCCAAAAUCUGGAACAUCUGGGUGACCUAGGACUCUGCUUCAUAGCCUGGGUCCCAGUGGGCUGUCGCCUGGGCCCUAAGGACAUUCAGAUGACAAACAGACACAAGUCCACUUUAGAAUUAAAAACACCCAGUGCUGUGUCUGGCUUC